AAACUAGUAUUUAUAUAAGACAGAAGAGAAAGAUGUCAUUCCGUAAAGUAAACAUCAUCGUCCUGGUCCUGGCUGUUGUUCUCUUCUUACUGGUUUUGCACCAUAACUUCCUCGGCCUGAGCAGUUUGCUAAGGAAUGAGGUUUCAGAUUCAGGAAUUGUGGGGUUUCAGCCCAUAGACUUUGUCCCAAAUGUUCCCCAACAAGCUGUAGACGGGAGACAAGAGGAGAUUCCUGUGGUCAUUGCUGCAUCUGAAGACAGGCUCGGGGGGGCCAUUGCAGCUAUAAACAGCAUUCAGCACAACACUCGCUCCAAUGUGAUGUUCUACAUUGUUACACUCAAUGGUACAGCAGACCAUCUCCGGUCCUGGCUUAGCAGCAGUGCCUUGAAAACCAUCAGGUACAAAAUUGUGAAUUUUGACACUAAACUUUUGGAAGGGAAAGUAAAGGAGGAUCCUGACCAGGGGGAAUCCAUAAAACCAUUAACCUUUGCACGGUUCUACUUGCCAAUUCUGGUUCCCAGUGCAAAGAAGGCCAUAUAUAUGGAUGAUGAUGUAAUUGUGCAAGGGGAUAUUCUUGCCCUUUAUAAUACACCAUUGAAGCCAGGACAUGCAGCUGCAUUUUCAGAAGAUUGUGACUCAGCCUCUACCAAAGUUGUCAUCCGUGGAGCAGGGAACCAAUACAAUUACAUCGGCUAUCUUGACUAUAAAAAGGAAAGAAUUCGCAAACUUUCCAUGAAAGCCAGCACCUGCUCAUUUAAUCCUGGAGUUUUUGUUGCAAACUUGACAGAAUGGAAAAAACAAAAUAUAACUAACCAGCUGGAAAAAUGGAUGAAACUCAAUGUAGAAGAGGGGCUGUAUAGCAGAACACUGGCUGGCAGCACCACCACACCUCCUCUGCUGAUUGUAUUUUAUCAACAGCACUCUACCAUCGACCCCAUGUGGAAUGUCCGCCACCUUGGUUCCAGUGCUGGAAAACGAUAUUCACCCCAGUUUGUAAAGGCUGCCAAGUUACUCCAUUGGAAUGGUCACUUUAAGCCAUGGGGAAGAACUGCUUCCUAUUCUGAUGUCUGGGAAAAAUGGUAUAUUCCAGACCCAACAGGCAAAUUCAGCCUUAUCCGAAGACAUAUGGAGAUCUCAAUAUAAAACAAAACAUAAUUUAUACUAUAAGCAUUUCUCAGGAAAUCCUGGAAGACAGUAUGUGUGGGAAGUAACAGUUGCAAAGCUUCAAAGCCUAUCUGCGGCAGCCCAUGGGAAAAGGGACAUUUCAGCUGGGUCAAGAGGACAAACUGCCCCAGCUAGCAGUCAGCUUCCAGAGAGACUAUACGUGUUUCCAUCCGCCUUACCAAGUGUUUGCUUACUACCAUGCUGAAUGACCAGAGGUAAAAGGACUGACAGGGAUGGUACAGCUAGUUCAACACUGCUGCUUGGUUUUAAUUUUGUAACCUUAACCUGUGGUCUGAUCUGUUAAUAAAGUGAAACCUACAUUUUUCAAUAGGUAUCUGAUUUUUUGCUUCCAGGUAAUUAAUUAUACUUCCAUUCACUCAUUGUGUUAAGAGAGGAGUUGUCUUCUUAUAGAACUUAGACACUUUCGACAUUGCCUUGUUUUUUAAAACGAAUGUAUGAUACGUAUUUACAAAAUUUACAGUUUACAUCAUACUGUAACAAACUGGUACAGCACACACAACA